CUGUCCCCCUUUCCGGCCGGCGCAGACCCUCUGCCGCGGUUGUGCUGCCCUUCACUUCCGCCGGGCGUUGCUGAGCGCGCUGCCCGCAAGCGGCGGGCCCGUGAGUUCAUAUUCUUUGGAUCUUCUCAGCUGAGUGAAAAUACAUCUUCCAGGUGGUGAUGCUUUACCGGUUGCUGUCUAUUGUCCAAAGACAAAGAACUAGCCCAGGAUGGCAGACCUGGUCAUCGGCAAGAAGCAGCUCAUCGGCUUCGGAGGCACAUUCUGUUGCUCUGCCUGCCCAGGCGCAGGUGGUCAUCUGUGGAGGUGGAAUCAUGGGCACAUCUGUGGCCUAUCACCUCUCCAAAAUGGGAUGGCAGGAUAUUGUCCUUUUGGAGCAGGGCAGGCUGGCUGCUGGCUCAACAAGGUUCUGUGCUGGCAUCCUAAGCACUGCUAGGCAUUCAAGCAUUGAACAGAAGAUGGCUGACUAUUCAAACAAACUCUACCAUCAGUUAGAACAAGAGACAGGGAUCCAAACAGGUUACUUAAGGACAGGCUCAAUCUCUCUGGCCCAAACUCAGGACCGGUUGAUCUCUCUGAAGCAUAUCAACUCAAGGCUGAAUGUUAUAGGUAUCCCUUCUGAGAUCAUCUCUCCAAAGAAAGUGGCUGAACUUCACCCUCUCGUCAAUGUGCAUGAUCUGGUUGGGGCCAUGCAUGUCCCUGAGGAUGCAGUGGUGUCCUCUGCUGAUGUGGCUCUUGCCCUGGCCAGUGCUGCCUCCCAGAAUGGUGUUCAGAUUUAUGACCGGACAAGUGUUCUUCAUGUACUGAUCAAAAAAGGUCAAGUUACUGGUGUGGAGACAGAUAAAGGACAGAUUGAAUGCCAGUAUUUUGUCAACUGUGCUGGUCAGUGGGCAUAUGAGCUGGGACUGUCCAAUGAGGAGCCGGUUAGUAUCCCGCUACAUGCCUGUGAACACUUCUACCUUCUGACCCGUCCCUGGGACACCCCUCUGCAGAGCAACUCACCAACCAUUGUGGAUGCUGAUGGAAGAAUUUACAUUAGGAACUGGCAGGGUGGCAUCUUGUCUGGAGGCUUUGAGAAGAACCCCAAACCUAUUUUCACUGAAGGCAAGAACCAGUUGGAAAUUCAGAACCUUCGUGAAGAUUGGGAUCACUUUGAGCCCCUGUUGAGUUCCCUCCUGCGUAGGAUGCCAGGAUUGGAGACUCUGGAGAUUUUGAAGUUGGUGAAUUGCCCUGAGACCUUCACACCAGACAUGAAGUGCAUCAUGGGCGAGUCUCCUGUAGUACAGGGCUACUUUGUCCUGGCAGGGAUGAACUCUGCUGGCCUGUCGUUGGGUGGAGGAGCUGGAAAGUUCCUAGCUGAAUGGAUGGUAUAUGGCUAUCCCUCUGAAAAUGUCUGGGAACUGGACUUGCAGCGCUUUGGAGCCCUCCAGAGCAGCCGCACCUUUCUGCGCCACCGGGUCAUGGAAGUUAUGCCUCUGAUAUACGACCUGAAGGUUCCCCGUUGGGAUUUCCAGACUGGAAGGCAGUUACGUACAUCUCCUCUUUAUGACCGGCUGGAUGCUCAAGGAGCCAGGUGGAUGGAGAAACAUGGGUUUGAGAGGCCAAAGUACUUUGUUCCACCCAACAAGGACCUUCUUGCAUUAGAACAGAGCAAGACUUUCUACAAGCCAGACUGGUUUGAGAUUGUGGAGUCCGAAGUCAAAUGCUGUAAGGAAGCUGUGUGUGUCAUUGACAUGUCCUCUUUCACCAAGUUUGAGAUCACUUCCACUGGGGAUCAGGCAUUAGAAAGUCUGCAGUACCUUUUCUCCAAUGACCUAGAUGUGCCCGUCGGCCACAUUGUUCACACUGGCAUGCUCAAUGACUAUGGAGGGUAUGAAAACGACUGCAGCAUUGCACGCCUGACCAAACGCAGUUUCUUCAUGAUUUCUCCAACUGAUCAGCAGGUCCGCUGUUGGGCCUGGCUUAACAAGUACUUGCCGAAAGACAGCAACUUGCUGCUGGAGGAUGUCACCUGGAAAUACACAGCCCUCAAUCUGAUUGGCCCUCGAGCUGUGGAUGUGUUAUCUGAGUUGUCCUAUGCCCCUAUGACUCCAGACCACUUUCCAACUCUGUUUUGCAAGGAGAUGAGUGUGGGCUAUGCCAAUGGGAUCCGGGUGAUGAGUAUGACUCACACAGGAGAGCCAGGAUUCAUGCUGUAUAUCCCCAUAGAGUAUGCGCUGCAUGUCUACAAUGAGGUGAUGAGUGUUGGACAGAAAUAUGGAAUCCGGAAUGCUGGGUAUUACGCCCUCAGAAGUCUCCGAAUUGAGAAGUUUUUUGCUUUCUGGGGUCAGGACUUAAACACCCUCACCACGCCCCUGGAAUGCGGAGGAGAGUCUCGAGUGAAGUUAGAGAAGGGCAUAGACUUCAUUGGUCGGGAUGCCCUGCUCCAGCAAAAGCAGACCGGGGUGUACAAACGCCUUGUUAUGUUCAUUCUGGAUGACCAUGACACAGACUUGGACUUGUGGCCUUGGUGGGGAGAACCCAUUUACCGGAACGGAAAGUAUGCUGGCAAGACCACCAGUAGUGCCUAUAGCUACACUCUUGAGCGCCAUGUAUGCCUGGGUUAUGUACACAAUUUUUCUGAGGACAGUGGGGAAGAGCAGGUGGUGACAGCAGAUUUCAUCAACCGAGGAGAAUAUGAAAUUGACAUUGCAGGACAUCGGUUUCAGGCCAAGGCCAAGCUCUACCCUGUCACCUCCUUCUUCACUCACAAGCGUAGAAAGGACGAUGUGGAGCUGAGUGACUUUCACGGGAAGUAAUGCAAGACAUCCUCCCUCCUCCCAUCCUCACCAUGAGGAGAUCAUUCUGGGAGCUCAUUUUCCCUCUGUCCGUCUCCUCACAGAAGGUACCUUUGCCUCUCCUAGGUCUUCAAUUUGACCUUAACUUUUUCCUUGAAAGCCUCGUCUUCCCAUUUUCUCUCAUUUGCUGUUACCCCCUCCUAAUAAUCCAGGUUCUUCUCAUCCCUCCAGCAGGCUCACAUUCCCACAGCAGCAGGCAGAACCCACUUGUGGAGUUGUAUUCAGGUGACAGACUGAUUUUUAAAUUCAUUGUAAGGCAAGAUGGUAUUAUUUAAGCCUUAGGGUAAAAAAUCCAUUUCCCUUUGGCUUGGCUUGGCUUCUUAGAGAGUAACCUGCUAAUUUUGGUGGAUUAUUUUGUGUCUGAUGAGGCCCUGGGAAUCACUUGUGUCUUAACCAGGCAGAUGAUUCUGUUCCACUGUGCUGAGGUUGCCACCUGAUACCUCUUAACCAUCUACCUCACCAAUGAGAGGGAUUGUACGGACUGUCUGCUCUGUGGAAGGGAGAAAUAGUUACCUGGCACCCUAUGUCCCCCAACUUUGUGCCAGGGCACCUUGCCUGCAGUUUUCUUUAUUUUCUGCUAUCUUAUGUCAUGAUGAUGUUUUUUUAGCUGAGUAAAAGGUAUGCCAGUAUUUGAAAGGACAAACAAACCAUGCUGCCUUUUCUGUUGCUUUUCCCAGCAGGAGCAGUGUGAACUCAGAUGCUGCUUUUCUUUCAGCUAAUCAUAGGUCAGCAAGCUCUCCUUUCUUGAUUUCUUCAGAUGACUUCUAGCCUCAUCUGUGCCUUGUGUAGCCUGCCCACAACCUCAACAUCCAUUCUUAGCCUUUUAGAAGAGGAAGAGGGGAUUAGGUGGGUUGUCUUGGGUGAUUAAGUGAACCAUGCUGUUCAUACUGCGUUCCAGAGAGCUACCAGAGCCCCAAGCUUUACAUCUCUAGCAUGAACAAAGCCACAAACAGAUGACCACUGAGAACUGUAAGUAUAGUACAGGCCAGAGACUGCUUCCCGUCUUUUCUUUUCAGGCUCUCCUCCUUUACACUCCCACCCCCAGCCAUCUUGAUAGAAUCUUUGGAAUGGGAAGUGAGUGGGGAACCCACCAAAUGCACCACACAUUUCAUCGGUACUGCUGUUUUCUUUUUGUGAGAUUCUUUCACACUGGGAUUUCAGGUGCGGUGACAGUGUUUUCUGAAGCUGAAACUUGGAUGUCCUGGCUGGUUUUUUUUUUUGGUUUGGUUUUUCGAGACAGGGUUUCUCUGCUGGCUGUUCUAUAUAACAUCAACACUGAAUUUGUUUGCGCUCAUAUACAAGCUGCCCCAAUCUUUGAGAAACUUGCAUUCUCUCAGCACUCGGGAUGCAGACGCAGGCAGAUCUUUUUGAGUUCCAGGAGAGCCAGGGCUAUACAGAGAAACACUGUCCUGAAAACCAGGAAGGGGGGCGAGGAGGGAGAGAGAGUGCGCUAGCAAGCUACCUCGAUCACACAUGUGCAAACCUUUAAUUCAACUGGACUUCUCAGUAACCUGGAAGCACUGGUUCUGCUAAACUGGUAUUAAUAGAAAUCCUUUCAUUUCUUUAGAGCAGCUCAAAAUUCUCAAGUGUCGUCUUUGACAUUUCUGCAGAACUGUUAUCCACUCAGACCUGCUCUUUUAACACAUUUCUUGCUAUUCUCUCCAGUUAGGCCACUCCUACUUGGCUUCUGAGAUUUUAAUUGAUUAAAAGGACACACAAUUAAAAUUUGGUGUGAGGAGAAUUAGUAUUUUGGGAAAAAAUACGUAUUUAAUGAGAUGAGAGGAACUGUUUCUAGGCAAAAGAAAGAAAUGCUCCCUUAGAGAGCUGGGCAGGGCAGCAGCAGUCAGCUGCCGAGGAGCUGGAGUAGACACGCACAGCUCCAGGUACUGUGUGCUCGCUCAGAUACGGCUCGUGGCUGUAACAUUCCAGUCUGUGUAAAUCAAAGUUUAUUUGGAAUUGAAUACAAAAUACAUUUUUAACCUAUGCAUCAAUAGUAAAAAAUGUAGCAAGCAGUAGGUUUACUCUUUAAAUAUGGAAGUGUUCCCACGUAAGUUCCAAAUCAGAAAAACUUCCAAAACUAACAGUGUAGUUUUACAGUUGGGCAUGCCACUGUCAUUAGUAUAUUAUUCAAAAACAAAUGUCAUCAAGAGUGUUUUCAGCAUAGUUUUUGAUUCCUUUCUGCACUUGUUAAUUUCUAGCUAAUUAACUAUUAAGUUGGAAGGCUAGUAAGCCUUCAACUAGUUCUGGCUGUUGCUGAUAUCAGCAGAGCUUACAGACUGUGCUUGUCUUGCUGCAGUUUUGUCUAUGCUUGAUUGUCCUAAGUACCUUAAAUAGUCAAGGGAGCCGUUUACCUAGAAUAUCUGGUUCACCAGUGUUGGUAGAGCAUUCUGACUGGGCUUCUCAGGAGCAGAUGCAAGCUGUUAACAGAAAUGGUAGGUCUAGAGCAGUGGUUCUCAACUUGUGGGUUGUAACUCCUUUGGGGGUCAGAUGACCUGAGCCUUUCACAGGUCUCCUAAACUACUGGAAAGCACAGAUAUUUUCAUUGUGAUUCAUAAUAGUAGCAAAAUUACAGUUAUGAAGUAGUAAUGAAACUAAUCUUACGGUUGGGGUCACUGCAUUAGGAAAGUUGAGAACCACUGCUCUAUAGAGGCAUGACUGAAAAUCUAGGAGGACUAAGGAACAAUCACUGUACAUCCUCAGUUGUGUGACACUUCCGGUUUGUGCCUUGUAUAACAACACAAACACUUCAGUUUUAGGUGACACAUUCUCUGGAAUAAUCUGUUACCACAUCUACUUCCUAGAGGUGAAGGGUUUUAUGUUCUCUGACUAUAGAAGCAAUUAAAUCUCUUUGAACAAGGUAACAAAGUAUAUAGAAAACCUAGAGUUGGGAGUUUUCUGUGAUACUUAUUGAAACAUUAUAAAGGCCUUCUUUUCUCUUAGCUGUUCAUAUGCCACAUACAAAGCCUAUUUCUCAGGACUACCACAGUCAUUUGAAAUAUGCUCAAGCUUGUAACAGAGUUCCCUUCCAUGGCAUAGAACUUGCAAAAAGGGACAAGGAGGAAUGGCUUGAAGUCUUAAUUGAGAGAAUUCCCCACUGCAUUUGUAGUUUUCUGUGGGUUUCUAUAGAUCUUAUUAGUCCUGAACACAGGAUCAUUUAGCACAAUUCUAAACCCUAGCUUCAGUCUGGUCUCCAAGAGCCCAUUUAUGCAGCAAUGGACUCUAGCCACUUCAGCUUGGCAUUUGUUAGGAAGUACAUUAGCUCUGACCUGUCUCCUCUGCACCAAAUGUAUUCUAGGCUGUUGUACCCAAGAAAAGUAACUAAACAUCAAAAGCAAAUUUGCCGAUUUCGGUAUUAACUGCUUUGUUUUUGGAUGUGGGUGACAGCUUUGAUUUUCAGGUUAACUGUCUUCUACCUUAUGAACACUUUGCUAGCAUGGGAAACGUUCUUUACCAUCCUUGGAGAGAAUUUGCAUGCCUUAUAGUAUUGGUACUAGCCCUGAAGACUGACCUGGAUGAGCAGUUCCAUCAUCCUGUUUGCAGGUGUGAACUACAAAUUUCAUCUUUUUAUCUCUUGGUUAACUUCUUGGCCAAGGUAACAGAUCUGUAUUUAGGACAAUGAAGAACAACCAGUCAUUUUUUCAUUCUCUGCAUCACAACACAACCACCUCACACAGGUUGAUAAGCAGCAUAGUAUCAACAGAAGUACACUUUUCUUACGCUGGAGAAUGUUCAUCUUGUCCUUACGUCUGUAGGCACAGAUUGAGGAGAAGCAGGUGAGGAGUGACGUCUGAGCUCGGCUCUGGCAGAGCUGUGGGUGGUUUGGCAGCACCUCCCUUAUACCACUUUUUUUGCUCUCCAAGGUGCUGAUCUGUAAGCCCCCAUUUUCACAUCAGUAUGGGGCUUUCUCUCGAAGUCUCUCAGCAGUACCAGCACCAGGUACUGUUCACCAAGGAUUGAGUGUUCCACCUUUGCCAUCUCAGUCUGUCACACAUCAGCAUUUCCCUGUAUAAGACUCUUGGCCUCUAAGCAGUUGUCCAUAUCUGGAUAAUUAUACACCCUUCAUAUUUUGAGUCACCUGUUUUUAAUCUUUGCAAACAUCUACCUCCUUGUCUUUUUGUCUGUGAAUGACAGAUUAUAAGAGGAGGGGGAGUUAUUUUUAUCAUGUUUCAAAAGAUCUAUGCCAAGAUUUCUUUUGCACACCAAGAACUGAAGCUUGGCGCACUUCUCAGGCCAGUUCUAGUGCCUUACACUCCAGGAUGUCCAGCAUCGGACGGAGGUAGGAAGAAAGCCGAAUGUUCAGUCUGUAGGUUCUCAUCCCCACAUCAGCCCUCCUUGCUCAGAAUAAGCUAGGUGUGGGGUAAAAGCUCUGCAGCUCAUUCACUGGAAGCUUUUCUGGCUCAUACUUAACUCUCUGGUCAGUGCUUAAGAUACACGAGGCACCAGUGCAGCUGCCAUCAAGGUCUUUACAUUUGCAUUUAGCACGUGGUUCUGCUCCGCUCCCUUCUGUUCCUGUGUAGUCAGCAUGUGGUCCUGAGGACAUGCUAGAUAUUGGAAUAAAUUUUUCUUAAGAGCAAACUCAGCCGACUUUGGACACAUGGAGUAAUUGUGUAUUUUAUGACCAGAAUUAUUUCUAGAUGGCUGGAUUUGAAUUGAGAUUUUCUUUUCAUGUAUUAGGUAUAUAAAUGAAUAAAAAGAUGUUUUCAUAGCUA